ACCCAAAAAAAAAAAAACCCUAAGACGACCUUGAUUUAUAAACACACAGAAUCCUCGUCACACUUUUCCUUUAGAUACUGAAACCCUAAAGAAGCAAGGAAGCAUCGGAGCACUCCGACACCGAAGGAGCUUUCCUCUACAGUUCAAGCACGAGAGCUACGAUGACCGUCGGAGAAAUUGCUUGCACUUACGCUGCUUUGCUUCUCCAUGACGACGGGAUUGCCGUCACUGCGGAGAAGAUCGCUACCGUGGUGAAAGCUGCGAAUGUGGCGGUUGAAUCCUACUGGCCGAGCUUGUUUGCUAAGCUGGUGGAAAAGAGGAAUAUUGAAGAUCUCAUUACGAAUGUGGGUUCCGGCGGUGGCGGUGCUCCCGUUGCUGUUGCUGCCCCAACUGGAGGCGCAGGCGGUGGUGCUGCCGUCGCUGCCGCUCCUGCAGUUGAGGAGAAGAAGGAAGAACCCAAGGAAGAAAGCGAUGAUGACAUGGGAUUCAGCUUGUUUGAUUAGGAGCUCCUUUCAGUAUGACAUACCCUUUUGCAAAAUUAGUUCUGCGGUGUCACUUAGGAAUUUAUUAUGCAUGUUUACUAUUACAAUUUUUCCCUAACUCUGAAGAGAAGAAAGUCACAUUAGUCGGAUAUUCUAAAACCUUUUUUGUGCUGGAUUUUUUUGGAUUUUGAUUAGUAUAGUUGUAGCUUUAAAAGAAAUCCAAUGAUUUUGGUAGUUUUAUGGUUU